AUGGCUUUUCGCUUGCCAAUGGCAGUGUCACCUCUUCUAUGUGGUGACAAGCUAGCCAAUCUCAUUGUUGGAGUAGCUAAAAACUUUUCUCUAUUUAUGGUCAUGGUGGUUUUGUGCAAUGGUUUGCAUUUCUUUCUUAAGUCGUAUUCGCAACCUCGAAUCACUUCUGAUAUAAUCGUAGGAGUAAUCGUUGGAAACAUCGGAUUUGUACGUACUUUAUUCCAGAAAUUCAACUUGACGUUUGGAUUCAUAAUCGAUUUCGGGAUGAUGGCUUAUAUGUUUGCAUUAGGGAUAGAAAUGGAUCCGUAUAUUCUGUUACAGAAACCAACAAGAUAUGUUAGGGUUGCGUGGUCGGGAGUUGGCAUAACAUUCUUAUUAGCGAUUAUGAUAUCUCCUUUGGUGAAGUACUUUCCAAACGUUGAAAAAGUAAUAGAAUUCUCGCUAGCUUUCUCGAUCCUAAUGGCGAGCACGGAUUCGCCUGUGUUGACGCGUUUAAUAACACAGCUAAAAAUCGGAAAAUCAGAUAUCGGGAAGCUUGUAAUCGCGUCUGCAAUGCACUCGGGUUUCAUGUGCUAUUGCAUGCUUUCAAUUUGUUUCAUACUUGCUCCACUGCCUGAUAUUUGCAGUGAUUUGCACCUUGGUUUUGAUUCUAAAAAAGGGAUGAGAAUGGGUUUCGCGGUCUUGGGAGAAGUCCUAUUCACAUUAGUAGUUUCGCCGAUUUUCAUGAGUUGGGUUAAUAAUGAAAAUCCAGAUGGUAGACCUAUGAAAGGUCCGCAUUUGAUACUUUCGAUUGCGUUUGUCGUGUUAAUGUGUUCUUCAUCGGUUUUAGCCGGUUUUACACCGAUUUUAAGUGCUUUUAUCGUCGGUGUUUGUUUUCCUAAGGAGGCUGAUUUGAGGCAGUUUGAAGCAAGAAAUAUUAACACAUGGGUAAAAAUACUUAUGCUUAAUGUUAUGUCAAUAGUCGGACAAAUAUCGGGAGCACUUCUUUCGGGGGCAAUACAGGGAUUUCACUGGCCGGAAGCAACUUCAAUAGGAUUGCUUCUUACUGCAAAGGGUCAUUUGCAUAUCUACUUGGUUGUCAAAGUGAUGCGUUGUGGCGAUGCAACAACUGUGUCAACAGGCAUUGGGAUGAUAUUUGCAAUCCUUUUCACGGUUUUAUACUUGCCGUCGGUUGUAGCACUUAUCAUAAAACGUGCAAAGAAAAGGUCGCCUACUCAUCGCUUAGCGCUUCAAUCACUCGAUCCAUCGAGCGAACUACGGAUCCUAUUAUGUGUUCAUGGACCUGAAAAUGUUCCUGCGUCUAUAAGCUUUCUGGAGAUUACAAAAGGCGGAGCUGAUCCAGGUAUUCUAGUGUAUGUCGCUGACAUGAUCGAACUAACGAACGAAAUAACAGUAUUUUUAGAGAAGGAUGAAGGAGUCCACACAGCGACUGUGAAAGACAAAGAAGUAAUGGAAAUGAGGGAGCAAAUAACCAACGCGUUUCAAGCACAUGUUUCAGAUAGGAAUGAAGGUAUUACAUUGAAAAGAACCAUGGCGUUAUCGACGAUUAAUAAUAUGCCACAAGAGAUUUGUGUUUUAGCAGAGGACUUGAUGGUUGCUCUUGUCAUAUUACCGUUCCAUCGGCUUCAACGUCAGGAUCGAACAUUGGAUGGUGGUAAUCAAGGUUUCAGAUAUGUUAAUCGAAAGGUACUAAGAAGUGCGCCUUGUUCUGUUGGGAUUCUAGUCGAUAGAGGAUUUGGAUCGUUAGAACGUUUAACAACAUGUCAAGCAUCGGAAAGCGUGGCAGUAAUAUUCAUAGGUGGGAAAGAUGAUAGAGAAGCACUUGCCUAUGUGAGCCGUGUCGCGCGACAUCCAGGAGUAAAUCUGACUGUAAUAAGAUUCCUAGUAGAUACAACAGCAGAGUCGUCGAGAUUAGUUGGAUACAGAAUCAUCCUCCCGGAUCAAGAGCAGGAAAUGCAGUUGGACGAUGAAUGUUUUGCAGAAUUCUACGAGAAGCAUGUGAUUGGAGGAAGAAUUGCGUAUACGGAGAAACAUCUCGCGAAUGCUUCUGAGACAUUCUCUAUUCUCAAAUCAUUUGAAGGGCAAUACUCGUUGGUUAUUGUAGGAAGAGAAGGAGGGGUGAACUCGAUUUUAACAAGAGGGAUGAAUGAUUGGCAACAGUGUCCUGAACUUGGACCUAUAGGUGAUGUUCUUUCGGGACCGGAUUUCGCAGUGACGGUUUCGGUUUUGAUCAUCCAACAACACAGACUUAAAGGAGAAAUAGAUGGAUUAGAUGAAGAUUUUUCUGUCAUGUCAUACAAUAAAAACGGUAGUAUUAGAGAUUAG